AUGAACUUUUACACUGUGCUGUGUUUAUUUCUAGUGAAUAGUUUCGUUCUGGCUAGUAAACCCACAGGGAUUCGCAGAAAUCAUAUAACAAGGACAAGAGAAAUUAUAAUUCCUGUUAAGGUGCAUUUAGACUUUCACCUCUCCAAGAAGAUAGCAAAAGAACACGGCUUCAGGACAAGAAAAAAAAUUAAAGAUAUCGUUCACACCAUAUUAAGAGAGGCCAACAAAUUAUUUAGACGUCCGAGUCUUAAUCAAACAAUAAUAUUGAAACUUCUAGAUACAAAAUUUUUACGCCGAACAAAAAUGGUGGCUACAGAUGAGAAUGCGACAAUUUAUUUAAAAAAUUACUGUGAGAUGCAGAGUUAUUAUAAAAGUUUAGAAAAGAAACAAUAUUAUUCAAUAUUACUGACGGGGCUCAAUCUUUUUUACAUUAGUAAUGGGAGGAAGUUCACAAAAUCAACAGCUCGAAGUUACACCAACGGUGUCUGUAAUGUGAAGAAAAGCUGCGCCUUGCUUGAAUGGAAACCAAAAAACAUGGGAUAUUUAUUGGCGCAUGAAAUAGGUCACAGUUUAGGAAUGUCACACGAUGGUCCCCCAAACAACGACUGUACGAAACAAGACAUCAUGCAGCCGAAGUACGAUCCGUCAAACCAUCCUAAUACGUGGUCACAUUGUAGUCGACUUUACUUUGAAUAUUUUAUGAGGAGUGAAAAGGCUUGGUGUCUCCAGGGUUCUUCUUCCCGCUCAACGAUCAAGUAUAACAUUUAA